AUGUAUCGAAGGAAACACAAAUUCGUCUGCGGAGACGCCAAACUUGAACUAUUUUACUGCAAAAACUGCGAUUUUAAAACAGAAUUAACGAUUCUGUUCAGACAACACACCAAUAAACACGUAUUCAGAGACGAUUUCCCAGGCGACGAUUUCCACAUCAGGACCUACGUUUGCGACAAAUGCGACUUCGAAACUAAUUUCUUGAUAAAGUGGCGCCAACACACUUCAGCGUGCACAGGACAGAAAACCAAAACUAAAGCCAAAUUCAAACGUAAAAAGCGGCACGCGUGCAACCAGUGUCCGUACAAAUGUUCAGGUAAAACAGCCUUAAGAAUCCACAUUAACAUGAUCCAUCUAGAUGCUGAAAACGCCGAAUGGCACCGGUGCGACAAAUGCGCUUUUAAAACUAGAUCCAAAAGUAAUUUAAAUAAACACUUAAAUAACGUGCACGGGAAUGAAGACGAAGUCAAGAGGUACAAAUGUCCCAAAUGUCCGUAUAAAAAUAAAAGAAAAGAUCUGUUAAAAGCGCAUAUCACCGUCCACCAUUUAGACACCAAAUCGUUUCAGUGUAAAUAUUGCCCAUUUCAAACUAAACUGGAAAACUACUUAAAAGAUCACAUAAACUAUCGACAUUCAGACGGAAACCGUGUUAAAUGGUACGAAUGCAACCAGUGUCCGUUCAAAACUAGGUACAGCAGUUCUUUGAAGACACACGAGGUUACUCAACACUCAAACGGAAAAACGAUUAAGUGUUACGAAUGCGUGGAUUGCCAAUUCAAAAGUAAGACCUCGUCGCAUUUAAAACGUCACGUGGUUUCUCGGCAUUUGGAUGAAGACAAGAUUAAGUGGUACGAAUGCGCGGAGUGUCCUUUCAGAGCCAAACAGAAAGCCAAUUUAAAAAGACACAUAGAUCUUCGGCAUCGAAAAAAACCAGAAUGGUACGAAUGUGACAAUUGUUCGUAUAAAAGUAACAGUAAAAUUCGGUUCAAAAAGCACGUGAAGGUCCAUCUGGAGAUCAAGUCGCAUCAGUGCGCCAUGUGA